CACAACCGCUCAAGAAGAUCCGCCUUCGUUGCUACCAUAGACUGGUUGCUACGGACACACGUCUGCUUCUCCCAACAUGGACCUGCCUGAACCCAUCAGGCGACGGCUUGGAGAUUUCUCCAGAACCGUGUUUGUGGACCAAAGCCGUACACAACCCUCUUUCGAAGAGCACGCAAAUUUUCUAGACCAAAAUAAGGAUGUAGUAUCGAGUCUCCCUCUUCAGAUGUCACUCUACUUUAACAUGUGGUUCUUUCCUUUCUGGUGGAUCAGUGAGGUUGUGAUGCUUGACCUAAAGUACUCAGCCCUUGCAGAUUAUUACAAGUUCAUCCUGAUCACAAUUCUCAUUGUAAUGACCCUGAUUGAGGCUAUUAGGCUGUAUUUGGGCAAUGCUGGAAAUCUGCAAGAAAAGGUUCCAGAAUUGGCUGGAUUUUGGCUUCUGACUUUUCUACUUCAGUUUCCUCUGAUUUUGUUCCAGCUCUUCAAUGAGGCUGUUCUUGUUCAACCACUAGAGAGAGGAGUUCAUAUAAUACUGGCCUUAUUUAUCUUUGCUGAGGUUCUUUUUGGAUUUGUUGCCUUGCGUACAAUGGUCAGACACACUGAAAGUCGCUUCCAUCUGCGACAGUUUCAUGGGAUUCAAGAACUAAGAACGUGAUGAGAUGCCUUCACUGAUGGACUUGAAGUAUUCCUUGUGCUCACCCUAUAGAUUUUAUUUAAAAGACUUGUUCCAUUAUCAGUGGCAAAUUUAAUGCAUGUCUUGGUGCCUUAGUUUAUACAAAAAAUUAUGUUUGUAUUAUAUUUUGUAUACAAAAUAAAAAAGGAAAAACAUUGUUAGAUGCUUUUAAAGUCAAAGACAAAACAAACUCUAGUAGUUUAAACAGGUGAGUCAUAAUAUUUAAUAAUGAAUCUGAAUUUAACGUAAAUUCUGGUGUCAGUUACUUUCUUCUGUUCAUCACAAUAAAAUAAAUUUUGAAAAAAUGUUGCUUGCUGGGACCCAUUGACUCAUAGACAUAUUUUGUUCCUACUAUUAGGGAUGGCUGGCGUGAAACUUGCGUUUCGACAAUAAUGUCGAAAUCCCGAAGCAACAAAGUCGCCCAGGUCACGUGACUAAAGUGUUUAGAAACACCAGGUAAUGUGACUAAAGUAAUUUAAAGCAUCGGCCAUUUCAGAAGCGUUUGGAGACCUCAUAAAUCUGCGUUUGACUGACAGGGUCAAAAAAACGUUAUAUCAUGUAGCCUAGUGGACUGUGAAUGGUCACAGAGUAACUGUGCUGUAAAAAUCCAGAGUUCCAAUCCCGACUUGUGCAAAUUCUCUGAAAUAAUGACUGUAUUUUAAUUAUGUUCAUUUUUAGGACCAAAACAAGACAUAUUUAUUCACAAAGUGUUUAUUUGGAUGUCGGACCAAUGUUAAAACAAAAAGCGUCAGAUAAAUAGAGCAUUUGUUAAAGCAUUUAUUGAAAUUCUCUACAUCUGCAUCAACCUAGAUUCGAACCCAUUAUCUCUGCAUGCUGGUCAGGAACUCCCACCGCUCCACUAAAUUACUUGAAACCUCAACUCUACAAAGUGAGGUAUAAUUCUUCAAUUUACUUAACUGUGUCUUUGCUGAAGCCUUCCAGAACAGUACAUAGAAAUUGACCACUUAUUGUCACUAGAUUUGAAACCUUUCGAAGCUUCGACACAUUUGUUUCAGUGUUUCAAGAAGCCUUGCUUGGCCCACCACCACCUACUAUGGAAGUUAAUGGGGGCCAGCAUUUUUUUUUAAAUAUCUUCGAAUAUGAAAAUAAACUUAUAAAGGUUUAAAACCACAUGAGGGUUUUUUUUGUGAACUUUCCCUUUAACAAAAUGACACAAAAUAUUGUAGAUAAAUCAUUAACAAAUCCUGAUUAAUCACACAUGGCAACUUUAAAUAAGAACAUAUUUUCAAAACAUAGGAACUUAGAAUUAAAAUAGCUUUAAUGUACCAUUUUAUUUUUAUAAAAUUAAUAAUUACAAAUAAGAGACGUUUUGUUUUUCAGUAUUAACGUUUGCAUUUAUUAAAUAUAUAGAAAUGCACACCUCAAGUGACGAACGAGUUUUGAAAGAAAGUCUGAAUAUUUCAGCAUUCAGGCACUUGGCUUUGCAAGAAAAGGCCCCCUGCUCGUAUCACCUUGUGCUUUUGUCUGUUUUUUCCUGAGACUCCAGCGAGUGAGAUGUUUGAGGCAGAACACCAUCGAACUGGUCUUCCACCUGCAUGGACUCUUGUAGAAAUCGCACAUGGAACCUUAUGAAGCAAAUGAGCUGAUGAGUGAACAUGCUGCGAUUAAGCAAACCAUAUAAAUGUUCUGUUUUGCGACCUACUUCUCUUCACUCCUCAGAGCGUCUUGUGAAGCAGCAUUUUUUAGGAAAACCUGAGAUUUGCUUCCUUUGGGCAGCCGUCCUAGGCUUAGAUUUCCAAAGGCAGCCUGGUUCCCGAACAGCUGAGCAUGACUACAGAGGAACACACAUUGAAAUACUUUUUAUAAAAAUAUACUAUUAGAAUUGAACAUAUUUCAGUGAUUCUGAUUACAGUACUGGAAGUUGCCAUAGACUUUUAUAGUGCAUGAUGACUUAUUUCCAACUGAUGCAGAAUAUUGAGCUGAAGGUGGGGCUUUAUUUCUGUGCUCCUCCUCUCAUCUUUCACUUUUAGCAAAGAUGGUUGGAGGGGCGUGACUAAGCAUAUUUCGCCCAAGCUGACAUCAUUAGAAAAUGUAUAAACUCGUUGGAAUUAAUUGUUCACCUUAAGACUUGCAAAAUGCGCAAGCAAAAUAAACCAUAACCUUUUAGUAUUAUUU